GCGAAUGACUCGCGGAUUGAGAGCUGCUGGCCUUCGACUGCGCUUUCUGCUGCGCUCGAAAAGCGAGUGAAGGACCGGGAAAAGGCGCACUCGCGCUCGCGAAAACGCGGAAGAGGAGGGAAAUGGGGCGAGAAAGUGCGCGAGAAGUGCAGUGGUGAAGCGAAACGCGCUUAAACCUAGGGGGAAAUCUAUUUAAAGGGCGUCUCGCAUCUAUUCUGCGCAGCGCUGAUUGGCGGCCACCGCACGCUUUCGUGACACUUGCGAUUUCACGUAUCUGCGUACCGUUGCGUACCGUCAUAUGAUUCUGUCAGGCGGCGUUACGCGGAAUUGACAGAUUGUCAGUGUGCGCCAAUUGUCAUCCGUCAGCUGUCAGGCGACUAUCGCGGCCGCGCGGACGGUGAGAAGACGCGGCAAUUAACAACACAGGUCCUUGUACGUUAACCACGAGAAGAUGUCACUUUUCGGAGUAGGCAACCCAUUUUCCACGCCAGUAGGGCAAAAGAUCGAGUCCGCUACAGAUGGUAGCUUACCAAGCGAGAAUUGGACGCUUAACAUGGAAAUAUGUGAUAUUAUAAACGAAACCGAAGAUGGACCGAAGGAUGCUAUUAAAGCGAUCAAACGCAGGCUCAAUCAGGCGGCCGGCAAAAAUUACACUAUAGUCAUGUAUACGCUUACCGUAUUGGAGACAUGUGUGAAGAAUUGUGGGAAACGCUUUCACGCUCUUGCUUGUUCAAGAGAAUUUGUGCAGGACCUAGUUAAAUUAAUUGGUCCCAAAAACGAACCACCAACUGCAGUUCAAGAGAAAGUUCUAAGUUUGAUCCAAACAUGGGCAGAUACAUUCCGUCAUCAGCCACACACUCAGGGUGUUGUACAGGUUUAUCAAGAAUUGAAAAUAAAAGGCAUACAGUUUCCAAUGACUGAUCUGGAUGCCAUGGCGCCAAUUAUAACGCCAGAAAGAAGUGUACCUGAAACAGAGCAAAUUCCAGCAAGUCUGACUACAUGUGAACAGCCUGCCUCUUUGGGAACACAUGUACCCCCUCAAACAUCACAAUCUGUUGGACAGUUAAAUCAGUUAAAUGAACAACAACUGGCCAAGUUACAAAGCGAGCUUGAUGUCGUUCAAGGAAACAUGCGUGUAUUAUCGGAAAUGUUGGCGUAUUUUACAAGCCCGGAUCAAAGUAGUAAACAACAACCAGAUUCCGCGGAUCUUGAGCUAUUAAAUGAACUCUAUUCAACAUGUAAAGCAAUGCAAGAGCGUGUUGUCGAUUUAAUCGGUAAAUUGGCCCAUGACGAAAUGACAGCGGAAUUGUUACGCAUUAACGAUGAAUUAAACAAUCUAUUUCUUCGUUAUUCACGUUAUACAAAAAAUAAGACGCAAGUGCCAGCAAGCACUAUAUUAGCUCAGGCGAUCGGACAUCCACCGAAUGCCGAAUCGACUCCAGCACCAGCUCUUACUAAACGAGAAGCGGAAUCGCUUAUAGAUUUAUCUGACGAUAUGCAAGACUUAACAAAACAGAUGAGCGAACUCGGUGCAGCUGAAGAUGUGGAUAAAAAUAAAAUGGACCAAAAGAAGAAAAAAGAGGGAGAUAAUGAUGAGUUUGAUAUGUUUGCACAAUCGCGUAAUGCAACAUAUGAAACAACAAAGAAUAGCGGCAGCAAAUACGAGGAUAACUUGGAGCAGGUGAGAGGAGGUAGCCUAAGUACGGCAAUUCUCAACCGCAAUAAUCCUAAGCUACCUCAGCAGACAGCUACUAGCGCUAGCCCGAAUGUGGAAUCUGAAUUCAAUGAAAUGGCAGCCUGGUUAGAUCGCACACCUGGAGGACAAGGCGAUCAGGAAUCUUUGACAUCAUCGGAAUUCGAGCGUUUUUUAGCAGAACGCGCGGCCGCGGCUGAAGCUUUACCAACUCUCCCUACAGCGACAACUGCCACCUCGAAUUCUUCGACUACCGGUAAUCAGAAUAUCCAGCGCCAAAUUAACAAAGAUCAAGACAAAUCUUUAUUCGCUCUUUAAGUACCUUGGAACUCUCUGUUGUAAAACGUGGGAGACUAAACUGGGACUAUCGUGCUAAGUUUAAACGGAGCUGGAAAGAUAUAGAACAUACAAAGGCACGGGAGACAAAGUACAUACAGGAGAAAAAUGCUUUAUGCUUGUACGUACUUAAUAAGGUAACUGAUAUACUAUACAAUCAUAUUUGAGAUAUUAUUUCUGUUAUAAAAUUGUGGUCGUAAUAUGGAUAAGUUGCUUCAAAGUUGUGAUUAUGAAUUAUGCGAAUGAUAGCAUGUUAAGGAUUAAUUUAUGUUUGUACAUAAGCGACAAUAUGCGUCCAUGAAAAUUUCCAGAGAUCAUAAUAGAUCUUAUGAUAAAUCUUGUCUGAUCGAAUCAGAAUCGAGUAAGAUCGCAUUUAGAUCAAACUUCCGAACUGAUGCAUGGAUAUUCGGACAAACGUUUACAAUUGAAUAUAAUCGAUCUUAUCUAUAUAUUAACAAACUAUUUUUCUAUGUUGAAGUAAAUUUUGUCUCAGCUAUUUGACAUUCUAUACAAAGGUACACACAUUCUACAGAAUUAUUGUUAUUUUUACUAUUAUGAUUCCUACUAUUGUAGAGACUCUAUAUUAAUAACUUAUUAAUAUAUAAAUUUUAGAAUCAUGAAUUUAUUAUUACUGCUAGUAUCCAUUAAUACAGUUAUGUAAUAUUAUAAAAUAUUAUACAAAUGAUUAAUAUAUUCUCUGGAAUUAUUGUAAAUGCAACAGUAACAUUGGUGACCAGAGAUCUUUUUUUUUGUCCUAUGUUACAGCUCUGGAGAAAAAGUGAUACUUUAGCUUUAUCCAUAAUGAAUCCCUGAGAAUUUUAUAUUAUUUACCCUAACAUUCAAUAUUGUACUUCCUAAGUUUAUUUUGCUUAUGUUUCUAUAUUGUAUUUAUGCAUAUUUAGUGCGAAUAGAUGGUUAAAAAAAUAGAAAAAAGUACACCUGCGGUGCCUGUAUUGACUGAACUCGCAGUUAAUAAGGAUAUAAUAUGUACUCUUCACUUAUGCAAAAAAUAAAACUGUGCAUCAUAACAAAA